AUGUCGGCCGCUUAUCCUCUGCGGUCGUGCGUGCGCGCAGGCAGCAAAACUUUUUCAUCCCUCCGGGUGAGAUCCUCGACGUCGACGACGGUACAAAAUGUCUCAGCCGACAUUCUGAGAUGCACAACAGCGACGCCAAAUCUAGCAACGGGACGACGAUGGGCCUCGGGCAAGUCGAACAAACAGGCGGACGAUGACACCAUAGCAGGCAUGGAGCUGUACGACGGGAAACGCCUCCAACAUAUGAUCGACGACCUGUUCGAGAAGGCGGGGACCAAGUCCCAAAAGGCGGUAAUCAGCGACAAAGCCAAUGCCCUGGCCGACUCCCAGCUGGCCUCGCUCAGCAGCGUAUCCAGCGCGGCGGAAGGAAUCCCGAAAAAGUACAAGAUCGGCCAAUAUGAGUUCUGGAACGAGGGUGAAGACGACCCCGAUUACAUCAGCGAAGAAGUGCUAGAUGAGGAGUUCAAUGAGGACGAUAUUCUUUCUGGUGCCCACGGCAAACUGGAGGAGCACAGGGAGAUGCGCGAGUACGCGCGCCUGGCAAUCUACGACAUGCCAUUGCUCUCGAAGUUUGCAAAGCCGUUUGAACCGCCCACCAGGGCCACACCGCUACGAUGGCGAUAUACCAGCUACCUGGGCGAGUUCCACCCGGCAGAGAAGAAGGUUGUCGUUGAGUUCUGUCCUGAGGAUUUCGGCCUCACCGAGGUCCAAGUCUCCAAGCUGAAGAAGCUUGCGGGCCCGAGGUACAACCCCGAGAAGGGUACCAUCAAAAUGAGCUGCGAGAACUUUGAGCACGCAGCCCAGAACAAGCGCUACCUGGGAGAUCUGACCAUGAAACUUAUCGCCGAAGCCAAGGACCCCAAAGACACCUUUGAAGACAUUCCCCUGGAUACCCGACACCACCCUAUCAAGGCCAAGCCCAAGUUCCCCAAGGAGUGGCGCAUGACAGAAGACAGAAAGGCCCAACUUAUUCAGCUUCGCCAUGAGGCUUACCUGUUGGACCAGGCAAAGAAGUCCAAGGGCGCCCUGAUUGACGGCAGCGAGGUCAUCAGGAAGAGCCUCGAGGCACCUGUAGAGGAGGUUAGUGCCGAGGAGAAGAUGAUGCAGUUUGUACGGGCGGAGACAAGCAAAGGUGGUGGUAAGAGACCUGUUGCACGUUGA